UUCAAAUCGAGCUCGUGCAAAUCGGAUGUCCGAGCCCGAUGGGGAGGGUACAGGGAUCAGUAGGCACGUGGGCGGGUCCCAGUCGACUCGUAUCCUGCAGCAGUAUAUGAGCUUGGAUCCUGGUACUCCCCAGGAUGCACCGAACUAUGCCACCUUCCUCCGCCUCCACACGUACGCCGACGGAAGUUAUACGUCGGAGAGAGAUGCUAGAAUCGACGCCGAGGUUCAUCGACUGGCCGCUGCCACAGGACGACAGGAGCGGCUAGACGAGGUGUAUUUGGAGAUGGUGCAAAUUGAUAGGUCACGGAUCUACGGCGUCGGGAGUGCCGGGCAGAGUCAGGCUAGUAGGGGGUCUAUCCACAGCACAGGCAGUUCUGCGGUGUCUCAGCAGCUUUAUGAGACACGGAUCUCCACGCUGGAGGAGCAAUUGGCGGCAGAGCAAGCACAACGCCAACAGAUGGAGGAGCGCAUGGCGGCAGAGGAAGCACAACGCCAACAGAUGCAGGACCGCAUGGCUCAAUUGGAGGCGUUUAUGAGGAUGUAUAAUGCUCAGCCACCUCCACACCCUGAUGCCGAUGAUGAUGAUGAUGAUGAUGCUUAGACUUAUGUUUAUGUUUUCAAACAAAAUUACAUUUGCACUUUCUUUUCAAAUUUAUGUUUUAUUGAACUAUA